AUAAUAAGUCGGUGUUCAUCUUUCUCCCUCAAAUUUUGGCAUCCACAAUCUCCUCAUUCUCAUUAAAUCUCAAUUACCGAGCACCGAACUACACACAGGGGUAAACUCGGAAAACCUAACCCCAAAAUAUUCUCUCUCCUAAACCACCUCCACCAAUUUCACAAAUCCCCCAAAUCAAUUUCUUCGUUGAUCCUUCCUUCACCUCUUUAUCGGAACCCUAGCUUUUUUUCUCUCUCUCUUCCAAUGGAGAUUUCUCCGGCGACGACGUCUCACGAUUCUCAGAUCCGGAGUUCAAACUCCGAUGAAGCGUCGUCGAAUGAUGUUCCGAAUGAAGAGAUGCGAGAGGAGAGAGAAUUCGCCGGCAAUUUUCCGGCGACGUCUUCUACAUCGUCGGUUUCUGUGAAAAAUAUGUACGAUGAUGAUGACGAUGAAGAGGAUGUUUGUAGGAUUUGUCGAAAUCCUGGAGAUGCUGAUAAUCCGUUGAGGUAUCCUUGUGCGUGUAGCGGAAGUAUCAAAUUUGUUCAUCAGGAUUGUCUCCUUCAGUGGCUUAAUCACAGUAAUGCUCGACAGUGCGAGGUUUGCAAGCAUCCAUUUGCAUUCUCUCCUGUUUAUGCCGAAGAUGCCCCAACUAGACUUCCUUUUCGGGAGUUUGUGCUUGGCAUAGGAAAGAAGACUUGUCAUGUCCUGAAGUUCUUUCUGCGUCUGGGUUUUGUGCUAUCUGUUUGGCUCUUGAUUAUCCCGUUCAUCACCUUUUGGAUUUGGCGGCUGGCUUUUGUUCGUAGUUUUUCUGAAGCCAAUCGUUUAUUCCUCAGUCAUAUGUCAUUUACCGUUAUUCUCACCGAUUGUCUGCAUGGCUUUCUUCUCUCCGCUAGCAUUGUGUUUAUUUUCCUUGGUGCUACAUCUUUGAGAGAUUAUUUUAGACAUAUACGAGAAGCUCAAGGACAGGAUGCAGAUCGAGAUGAUGAAGGGGAUAGGAAUGGGGCCCGAGCUGUGAGAAGGCCUCUUGGACAAGCCAAUAGAAAUUUGCUUGCUGAUGGCAAUGUUGAUGAUGGAGAAGCUCAGGGAAUUGCUGGGGCUGGUCAACUGAUCAGACGAGCAGAAAAUGUUGCUGCUCAAUGGGAGAGACAGGCUGCUCGACUUGAGGUUCAUGUUGAUCAGAUUUUUGAUGGUCUGGAUGAUGCCGAUGGUGCUGAAGAUGUUCCCUUUGAUGAACUUGUGGGCAUGCAGGGUCCUGUUUUCCAUCUGGUUGAGAAUGCUUUUACUGUUUUAGCAAGCAACAUGAUCUUUCUUGGAGUUGUUAUCUUUACUCCUUUUUCUCUGGGACGUGUAAUUCUACAUUACGUAUCAUGGCUUUUCUCUUCGGCGACAAAUCCAGUGCUUUCCACGGUCAUGCCACUUACAGAAUCAGCUCUCUCCUUAGCUAACAUCACCCUGAAGAAUGCUUUGACAGCUGUUACUAGUCCAUCUUCUGAAAAAUCAGAAAAUCUCAUUGAUCAUGUAGCUGAUAUAUUGAGAGCAAAUUCAAGUGAGCUGAAUGUUUCUCCCAACAACAGUAGCAGCUCCCUGACCUCCGAUGUCCUUCAAGGGGUGACUGCUGGAACGUCCAAGCUUUCUGAUGUUACGACCCUGGCUGUUGGGUACAUGUUUAUUUUCUCUCUCAUCGUUCUGUACUUUGGUAUGAUUGCAUUAAUUAGGUAUACCAAAGGUGAGCCUUUAACAAUGGGGAGGUUCCAAGGUAUUGCUUCAGCAGCAGAGAAUAUUCCAUCUCUUUUACGGCAGUUCUUUUCUGGCAUGAGACAUUUAAUGACGAUGAUUAAGGUUGCUUUCCUUCUGGUUAUCGAACUUGGCGUUUUUCCACUGAUGUGUGGCUGGUGGCUGGAUAUCUGCACGAUACGGAUGUUUGGGAAAUCAAUGGCUCAAAGAGUUGAAUUUUUUUCAGUCUCUCCUUUGGCGAGUUCCUUGGUUCAUUGGGUUGUCGGGAUAUUCUACAUGCUGCAGAUCAGCAUCUUUGUCAGCCUUCUUCGAGGGGUGUUGCGUAAUGGAGUCCUGUAUUUCCUUCGAGAUCCAGCUGAUCCUAAUUACAAUCCAUUUCGCGAUCUUAUUGAUGAUCCUGUUCACAAACAUGCACGCAGAGUGUUGCUUUCUGUAGCUGUUUAUGGCAGUUUGAUUGUGAUGCUUGUUUUUCUGCCUGUUAAACUCGCAAUGCGGAUGACGCCCUCCAUAUUUCCACUUGAUAUCUCAGUAUCAGAUCCGUUUACUGAAAUACCUGCUGACAUACUGCUGUUUCAAAUCUGCAUUCCCUUUGCCAUUGAGCAUUUCAAAUUGAGAACAACAAUUAAGUCUCUUCUUCGGUAUUGGUUCACUGCUGUUGGCUGGGCACUUGGCUUGACAGAUUUUUUACUUCCUAAACCAGAGGACACAGUUGGUCAGGAUAAUGGCAAUGGUGAAGCUGGCAGGCAGGACAGAUUACAUGGUGUACAGUUGGGGGGUGCACAGCAGGAUCAAGCUCAGCUAGCAAUGCUUCGUGAUGCUCAAGACAAUGAUGCUCAUGGCUCUGAAAAUUCAGAUGUGAUGGAAGAUUAUGAUGGAGAAGAACAAUCUGAUUCAGAGCGGUACAGAUUUGUAUUUCGUAUUGUGCUGCUCUUGGUGGUGGCCUGGAUGACCUUACUUGUCUUCAAUUCUGCAUUAAUUGUUAUACCUGUAUCUCUUGGAAGGGCUAUCUUCAAUUCCAUCCCGGUUCUUCCUAUAUCACAUGGCAUAAAGUGCAAUGACCUGUAUGCUUUCACCAUUGGAAGCUACAUUAUUUGGACUGUCAUCGCUGGUGUCAGAUAUACAAUUGAGCAGGUGAAAUCGGGAAGGGCUGCUGUUCUUUUUGGUCAGAUCUGGAAGUGGUGUGGAAUAUUUUUCAAGAGUUUUGUACUUCUAUCAAUAUGGAUAUUUGUAAUCCCUGUCUUGAUAGGGCUUCUGUUUGAGCUUUUGGUGAUUGUACCAAUGCGAGUGCCAGUUGAUGAAAGCCCUGUUUUCCUCCUGUACCAAGACUGGGCUUUGGGACUGAUCUUUCUGAAGAUAUGGACAAGAUUGGUUAUGUUGGACCACAUGAUGCCCUUGGUAGAUGAGAGCUGGAGAGCUAAAUUUGAGAGAGUGAGAGAAGAUGGUUUCUCAAGAUUACAGGGUCUUUGGGUGCUGCGGGAGAUAGUGCUACCUAUCAUACUGAAACUGUUAACAGCUCUCUGUGUACCUUAUGUUUUAGCUCGAGGAGUAUUUCCCGUUCUUGGUUACCCCUUGAUUGUCAACUCGGCUGUCUACCGGUUUGCUUGGAUAGGUUGCCUGUGCUUAAGCGUGUUAUUUUUCUGUGCAAAGCGGUUCCAUGUCUGGUUCACAAACUUGCACAAUUCCAUUCGUGAUGACCGUUACCUGAUAGGUCGCAGGCUUCAUAAUUUUGGGGAAGCCUCACUACAGAGGUCUUCGGAAGAAAAAGAAAUUUCUAGCUUGCGACGGGAUGAUGUAAUUAGACAAGAUGACGUCGGUUUGAGAUUAAGACGAGGCAACCAAGUUGAUGCCUAAUUGUAGAUGCAAUCUAUGACGGAGUUAAAAUCGAUUUCUGGCAUGUAGUGGUAUACCUGCUUUGGAGAAGGUUGUGUUGAGUUAAAAUGUAGAUUGAUUAUUUAGUUUGUGCAUAUAACAUGGUGUAGUAGUCAGAGAAAGAAGAGGAAAUGUAAUAUUUUUUGUCCUAUUACCUAGUUAUUCUUCUUAGCUACCCAGCUGACAGCCUAGAGAUAAGUAUGCUCUUCUUAUACAUCUGUCCUGUUUCGUGGAAGAAAUAAAACCCUGUUGGAUUUCAGGUUCAUACA